GGAAUCCUUGGAGAAUUCCUCAAGGAAUUCUUGGAGAAUUCCUCCGGGAAUUAUUGGAGGAUUCCUAGGGGAAUUAUUGGAGAAUUCCUCAGGGAAUUCUUGGAGAAUUCCUCCGGGAAUUCUGCGAGAAUUCCUCCGGGAAUUCUUGGAGAAUUCCUUCAGAAAUACUUGGAGAAUUCCUCCAGAAAUUCUUGGAAAAUUCCUCCAGGAAUUCUUGGAGAAUUCCUCCGGGAAUUCUUGGAGAAUUCCUCCAGGAAUUCUUGGAGAAUUCCUCCGAGAAUUCUUGGGAAAUUCCUCCGGGAAUUCCUGGAGAAUUCCUCCGCGAAGUUUUGGACAAAUCCUUCGGGAAUUCUUGGAGAAUUCCUCCGGGAAUCCUUGGAGAAUUCCUCCGAGAAUUCUUGAAGAAUUCCUCCGGGAAUUCUUGAAGAAUUCCUCCGAGAAUUCUUGGAGAAUGCCUCCGGGAAUUCUUUGAGAAUUCCUCCGGGAAUCCUUGGAGAAUUCCUCAAGGAAUUCUUGGAGAAUUUCUCCGGGAAUUAUUGGAGGAUUCCUAGGGGAAUAAUUGGAGAAUUCCUCAGGGAAUUCUUGGAGAAUUCCUCCGGGAAUUCUUGGGAAAUUCCUCCGGGAAUUCUUGGAGAAUUCCUCCGCGAAGUUUUGGACAAAUCCUCCGGGAAUUCUUGGAGAAUUCCACCGGGAAUUAUUGGAGAAUUUCACCGGGAAUUCUUGGAGGAUUCCUCCGAGAAUUCUUGGAGGAUUCCUCCGGGAAUUCUUCGAGAAUUCCUCCGGGAAUUCUUGGAGAAUCCCUCCAGGAAUUCUUGGAGAAUUCUUCCACGAAUUUUUGGACAAAUCCUCCGAGAAUUCGCGGAGAAUUCCUUCAGGAAUUAUUGGAGAACUGCUCCGGGAAUUAUUGGAGAAUCCCUCCGGGAAUUAUUUGAGAAUUCUUCCGGGAAUUAUUGGAGAAUUCCUCCGGGAAUUAUUGGAGAAUUCCUCCGAAAAUUAUUGGAGAAUUCUUCCACGAAUUUUUGGACAAAUCCUCCGAGAAUUCGCGGAGAAUUCCUUCAGGAAUUAUUGGAGAACUGCUCCGGGAAUUAUUGGAGAAUCCCUCCGGGAAUUAUUUGAGAAUUCUUCCGGGAAUUAUUGGAGAAUUCCUCCGGGAAUUAUUGGAGAAUUCCUCCGAAAAUUAUUGGAGAAUUUCUCCGGGAAUUAUUUGAGAAUUCCUCCGGGAAUUAUUGGAGAAUUCCUCCGGGAAUUAUUGGAGAAUUCCUCCGGGAAUUAUUGGAGAAUUCCUCCGGGAACUAUUGGAGAAUUCUUCCAGGAAUUCUUGGAGAAUUCCUCCAGGAAUUCUUGGAGAAUUCCUCCAGGAAUUCUUGGAGAAUUCCUCCAGGAAUUCUUGGUGAAUUCCUCUUUGGAAGAAUUCCUACAAAAAUCUUGGAAAAAUUUCUGAUUCUUAAGAGAUUUCGUGAGUUACUGCAAGAUUUUUUCAGAAUUUUCAUUUUCAAGAAAUUUUUAAAAUUUCAAAAACAUCUUGAAGAAAAACAAAUAAAUCCUUCAAAAAGCUGAAUUUUCAUGAAAGAACUUCUGAGAAAAUUGUUGUAAAAAUUCUUGAAAUGAAAAAAUGUCAUGUUCUAGAAAAAAAAAUCACAAAGAAAGUUUAAACAGAAUCUCUUGAAGAAAUACCCAAAAGAAUCCAUUUCUCGAAUUAUUUUAGCACAUUCAUCGCUUUGCAAACAACUAGUGUCGCUCCCCUCGCACAAAAAUCGAGCUUUUCUCUAUUGUUGAACAUUUUCCUGUUUUUGCCAACUCCCUAACUAUUGGAUAAGAUCUAUAUUUGCUAGUUCACAUUUUCUCCUCUAGAAACCUAUAAUCUUAACUGUAACACUGUAGUAAACUGCUUCCGAAUUCUUCAUGGACCGGUGUCGCUUUGACGCUUGCGGGGUGACGCGUUCACUCGAAAAGAACCUGUAAAAUGAACCGAUUCAUUUUCGGUAAAGAUAGCACCCCCCAAACGUUAGACAUUUCCACCCCAUUAAACUCGUAAUCAAGUUCAUACAAAAUGAUUUCAGUUGUCAAAUUGCAAGAAGAAAGAAAAAAAACUGAAGAUGAACGCGCGAAAGAGAGCCCCGUCAUUGAUUGUUUGCGUCCCUCUGUCUGAAUGAAUGGAAAACUGAGUUUUUUGUAGCCACUAAAUUAUAGAGUAUUUAGUUUUGAUAGUCUUAACACGUGGAACAUUUUUUUCUAGAAGUUUUAUUUAUUCAAACAACAGUAAACGAAAAAAAAAGAAAAACUGAUAUUCAUUUGGUAGAGCAACCGACAAAUGGGAAUAAUGAAUGAUAUAAACGUAAACACACACUUAACAAUAAUUAGUUAUUCCGAAAGAAAAAUGCAAAACAAGAAAAAAAGAACUUGCAAAUAAAAGCCAAUAAGAAGUGACGAAAAAUGACAACGGCGCCGCCUACCUUGAUUUUGUUAUUUCUCCGAACAUAACCCUCGUUUCCGCACAGGGCCGGGCCGACCCGACCCGACCCAGUCCUUGAUUUGCACUGCACGAGUGCCCUAUAGCUGUCAACCAUAACCUCACUAUUUCCCCGAAAAAAAAAACACUGUUUCUUCUCACUUGCGCGCUCACAUGUCGAUGGUGGACGGCCACGGGGGUUCACCCUGUCCUCGGAACAAUGCCGAGUCGGUUGGUCGGUCCCCAUGGGAACCAAAUAACCGCGGUCGGUCUACUAUAAAUCGAUAAAUGCGUACCCCUUAUGGGGGGUCGGUCGCUAUGGGUACCCACCUCAAGGUUACUGUUUUUCGGUCAAACGACGACGACCGUCGUUCCGUCGUAGCCUACUUCGCAGUUCUACGCCAGGUUUUGAAGAUGAAAGAAUGAAUCCGAAAGUGCAACCACUGCUCCGCAUUCGCCACCUGGAUUUGGGCGCCGCCAUAUUGCCAGCAUUGGUGCCAGUGCUGUAAAAAGUGAAAGUGUGACCCCGAUUUCGUCCAGAAGCUGGAUUACGUGUCCGUUAACAGGAUACUCCCGUAAUUGAACCGGACGACUAACACGUUUUUUUUGUUCGCGGGAACAAAAUGAACACCACAAAAUGGCUACCGAAGCAGCACCACGAGGUGGUCAAGCUGUUCGAUCAGACCCGAGCCCUGGAACGGGAGUUCCGGGUGCUGGGAAAGAAGUUUGCCACCGACAUCAACCUGGAUCUGCCGGAUUACUACGAAUUCGAACGGUUGCUACAGCAAAGCCGCCAGGGAUUCGAGCUCUCGGCCCACAUCCAGAUGCGGCUGAUACGGAUGUCCGCUUCUUCGGCUGACAAGAACGUGGAGCGAAGUUUCUUCAAAAUCCUGCUCAACCGAAAGGCACAUCUGAUUCGGCAGAACCUUCGCAAACGGCACUUUCAGCUGAUCUUCAUCAUCCAGAAGAUGGUGAAGCUGAUGCUCGGACUGAUGUACAGCUCGGAGGUGGUCAUCGACGGGGCCAUGCUGUUGAGCACGCUGCACAACGAGAGCGUGGCCUUGGCACUGAAGACUACGCAAGCCAAGUCGCAGGCCGGAGCGCAGAUCUGUAGCAAUUCGUUUCCGGCGCUGAUGUCCACGCCGAAGAAGAUCGACAUCGGGGCCGUUUUGCAGAUAGUAACGAAGCAACGAUCGGAGCAGUGUUGUGCAACGCUGAUCAACUGUCUGUUGGUAACGUGCAAAGGGGCCACUACAGUCGCCGUAGACAACGAUGACGAGUCGGAUACCUCGAGCAUGGAGAUCCUUCGGACGUUGACGGCCAACUUCAACGAAGGGGCCAAGACUCAACAGGACCCCUUCCAGGAGGAGUUGAACAAUCGACGAAAGAACAGUUUCAAUCUGAUUGCAAGCGGAGAUAUGCAUCUGGGUCAUCCGGCGGAACCUUCCAAGUCUGCCACGCUGUCGCCCAUUGUGAAGCCGCAGUCCCGGGCACCGGAUGAAUCUGAAUACAACGAUCCUGCCAUAAACUUCUUCGAUGAAAUGGCCGCGGAAGCGGUGGCGUACAACUCCAUCAACUACCUAGUCAACGAACCGGAAGGAAUAGAUUUGUUGGAGAAUCUCAUCGCAGACGAGGAGAUCUUCAUCGCCAACAUCCUGAUGAAGGUGAUCAAACUGUGUCCUUCCGCCUUCGAUAAGGAACUCAACAAAGCUGAACUCAUCAAAUGGGUCAAUCGAGGAACGCGCGGUCUCUGGACCCAGGUCGGCGGCACUCUGGAGCACGUAGUCCUGUGGUGGAGCAAUUCACCGCUGGCCUGUCGACCGCCGGCUUGUGCCAAGUACCUGCGGGACUGGCUGUCACUGAUAACACCAGACGAAGCUCCCGAACCGAUCCUUUCGAUGCUGAAAGGAUUGGGGGAAACCCUGACGGUGCACGUCACCAGUACCAUCUGGGACAGGCAGUUUCGGUUGGCGAUCGUUGCGUCCAGUCUGCCGGUAGAUUACCCCUUUGAAGAAUCAGAAUUCUACAGCCCUAAUGUAAUGAUUGAAGGAACCAACUGCGGAAAGGUAUGGAGCGAACUGCUGUAUCAGCUAGUCCAGCUGUCGAACACCUGUGACAUCGGGACCAUCCCCAACGAACUGCCACUGGUCGAGCAGAUUCCGGUCCUUCACCGGAUGGAUCACUCGAUUCACUCGAUGAGGAAUUGGGCCACCAACAAGGCUAAAUCGCUCUGCACAGACUGGAACAUGUCCAUGUUCUUCAAGGUAGUUCACAACGAUAUUAACUUGUGCCUUGAACAACUGCAGUAUCUCCGUGUGCCCGAGCUAGUGUCGCCAAACGCCCUAGAAGUUCAGGUGCAGGUCUGCGUUGCCUUACGCGAGAAGCUCGUGUCCGAGAUCAAGGAGAACAUUCGGAAACUGAAACAGGCCUGCUCGGAGUGCAUCGACGUUCUAGCCGUGGUCUGCCGGACGACCAGCCUGGCCUCGUUAACCCUCUGCUUCCCGCACUUUCGCCACUGGCAAUCGGAAAUCCUACAGGAAACUGCCAACGAGUACGUAGCGUACUUCUUCAACCAGGUCUACCUGCCGGUGAUCGAGGCCACCAAAGAUCUGGACAUCCUGAAGCUGACCCUCAAGAUCAUCUGCGAAGCCUGGUUGGAUCACAUCUAUAUGAAGAAGACCAAGUUCAGCAGUAGCGGGGCGUUGAAUCUGCUCAAAGACUUCGACGGGGUAGCCGAUUGGAUAGUGAAGUGCGGCUCGCUGGACAAGAAGUUGAAGGACGUGCUGGCCCAGCACGAAGCUCUACGGAUGUGUGAAGGUGUGGGCAAGCUGCUGCUACGGAAACCGGACGAAACGAUUUCGAUACUUCCCAGUCCGAAGGCCGGUCGGAAAGGCGAAGAAACCAACGGAGACGAGAAGGCACCACUCCCGCCGGAGAUGUUCGUACCGAACCAGAAGCGAUGGCUGGAACUGCGGGCAAGGGACAAGAAAUCGAUGGGCCUGAACUGUGCCUGCCUCUGUGCCGGAAUGGAUGUCUAUUGAGCGGCUGUGGGUACGAUUGUGAUAGUUGCCAGUUAUUUGUUGUUACGACGGAGAGAAGAUUUUAUCGCCUUUUUAUCCAUUUCGAAGAGCAGUAGCCAGUAGGUUGUUGACAUCUCACCAAUAAAGC